GCGGCCGGAUCCCUGACCUUUGUCAAGGCCUACUCCAACGGUCAAGCGAAUUCCGCCAUAGAUGUCCUAGAACAGGAACUUGAGACAGAGAUAGAAAGGGAUCGUCAGAAAAUUCCAGAUACCACGAUAGCAAGAUUACGUCAUAAAGGCGGGAAACUGCUUCAUGGUAAACACAUGCUGUUGUUGGUGGUGGUACUCAAUAUAAUAGACUGUGGUCUCGUGCUGGGCGAGCUCGUGCUGGAUCUCCAUCACGUGAAAGAUAUUCUGUCCCAUUCUCAGAAGACUUCCUCGGUAUUCCUGCAAAGAUUACAAGCCAACUACCCCGAUAACGUGGCAUAUACUGACAUUAACGAUUUGAGGACGAUCUAUGAGCAGAUAUUGAGAGCUAAGAUAGAAUGGGAUGUUGUUGACGAUGCGGAUUCCUCCACAGUUUUCCCGUACACAAACACCUCUGUGACACAAGCUACACUAAACAAAACACGUGAUGGCAAGGAUCAAAACGACUCUUUAAUAUCAGAUACCAGUCAAUCACACAGGCGUGUAAAAAGGAGUGCCGGCGAUAGCUCUUCCUGUGAUUUUCCCGUUUCCGUUUCCGGCCUAUCACGUUCCGUCAGUGUUGAGGAACGAGUGGCUAACGGGCUACAUAAGACCAGUUUGUUUAUAGUCUGUGUGCUUAUCGUGGAGACAAUACUGAAGAUGUUCUGUUUCGGAAAACAUUUCUUUGAACAUAAACUUGAAGUGUUCGAUGCUUUCAUCGUACUGAUAUCCUUCGUUGUCGAUCUGAUAUUCUUGGAGGGUCUGUCCACCUACUCGCUACAAGACUUUGUAUACAUUCUAGCAUUCAUUCUACCAUGGGGCGUCAUCCGGGUAGUCAACAGUUUAGUUGUGGUUGUGCGAGAUCACGAACACUUCCGGUUGAAGUUACUGUAUACUCAGAAAAAGAAAGUCGACAGUGACAACAAACAUCUUCGACAGGAAAAGGAGAAACUCAGCGACCAGGUCGAUUCACUGCGCAGGCUCUGUUUAGGUGAAGGUGUAGACGACUUCCGCAUACAGCAGAGUAUGGCUCGAUCGAGUGCGCGUCCCGGGAAGGGGAUCAUGGGAUCCUUCGCUAGUUUGGCUAUGGGAGCAAUUGGAGGUGGAAAAUCUAAUGGCACUAGUUUCUGGAAUCUUUUAAACACUCCUAAACUGAAGAGAGGAAAAUCAGAGGAAUGGGAGGGCAAACUAGGCGUGUCCAAGAUGGACAGUCAGUCAAUGCGCUUUAAUGAAAGGCUAUGGACCGUGUCGGGGUCAGCAGAUAUGAAGAAGCCAAGGAAAUCACAAUCACUUACGCAACAGGGAACAACGGAAAGCGACCCUGGAACACCACCCACCAUUCGCGGACGACUAAAAGCACUUAAGCGAUUGCUGAAGCGCCAGGAAACAGUCGACUCCUACUCAUCGACGGAAACUAUAGACAAAAACUCACGCUUCUCACUAGAUAGGCUGUCCUCUUCAGAAAACAUUACACCGUUACACAGUGUCGAUAUCGAAAGUGUGACUGAUAUGGAAACUGGAGAUGAAGCUCCCGGAAGAAUCUCACUGUCUCCGUAUGAUGUGAUCAAUGAAUGUAUAGAGGAUAAAAUAGAGGAAAACUCGUCUAUGGGAUGUAUCGGUUCACGGUAUACGGCUCAAAGGCCAUCGUCUCCGACCAAUAUCAUCGUGACCACGUGUAGUACGGAUGAUUGUGAUAGUCUUAAUUUCUCCACUGCAGGAAGUAAAGACUCCGUUAAAAGUCGAACAUCGGGUAGACGGACAUCCGGCGGACGGACAUCCGGUGGACGGACGAUGGAAAUAGCUGUAGAUAUUGAGUACAGCGAUAGUGAGGUAGUUCCCAUGCUGCUCCAGGAACAGGAUGUCUUAUCUACUGUUCCCGUGCUGUCACACCCCUCACCACCAUCAGAUCAUAAACUAACUCUUAAUCCGGAAACGGACGUUAUUCAUGAAAGUAACUGUACGCAUGUCCAACAUUUAACAAAUCUUGACUGUCGACACCAUAGCCAUUCUUAUAAUUGCAUACCAAGCACAACGCAACACAAAAACUGCGACAUCUCACACAGCAAUGAUGUAGAUAAUAAAGGACCAAGGAAGAGUUCCAUGCCGUCGAAUUCGACCAUUGGUGAAUCAGGGCUACCUUCAGGUAUCGCUAAGCAGUCAUGUCCGGUAAAAACAUGUUUGUUUGCCCAGAAUAAACCACUUUCAAUUGAAAAUAUUCUGCAUCCAACAGCGCCUCAACAUUUUUUGAGUCCAACGAAUGAUUGCCAUUACACGAAAGACGGACAACCGCUAAAUUCACAACAACCCUCGAAAACAAGACAUCUUCUGGACACAGCCGUGCCGGUGGACAAGAUCACCCUGCCGAAUAUACUUCAGCAAAACUACGCAACAAAUGAACCUGGAAAUACCCUCUUUAUUGCACCCGACACAAGUAAAAAAUGUCUUGCGAACGCAAAUCCUGUAUCAGACUGCUCAACUGUGUCAGGCACAGGAAACUCGGCAAAUAGAAUUUCUUCAUCACCACCUGCUAGAUCAGCUUCUCAGAACUCUAAUAUAGCAGUUACGUCAAGCACAAACAGACCUCCAUCUAAAAACAAUAGAACACCAUCACCAAGCAACAGAAAAAAAUCACUAAGUGACAAGACACCAUCACAAAACAACAAAACACCAUCACCAAUUAACAAAACACCGUCACCAAACAACAGAACACCAUCGCCAAACAACAGAAAAAUAUCACUAAGUGACAAGACAUCGUCACCAAACAACCGAACACCAUCACCAAUCAACAAAACAACUUCACCAAACAACAGAACACCUUCACCAAACAACAGAACACCAUCACCAAUUAACAAAACACCAUCACCAAACAACAGAACACCAUCACCAAACAGCAGAAAAAUAUCACUACAUGACAAGAUGCCGUCACCAAACAACAGAACACCAUCACCAAAUAACAGAAAAAUGUCACUACAUGACAAGACGCCGUCACCAAACAAUAGAACCCCAUCGCGCAGUCCCUCUAUGCACCGCUCUCCAAGCCCAUCCGGCUUUGUUAGUAUACACUCGUCAAAUAGUGAUAUAUCAUGUAGUUUCCAGCCAAUACAGAUACCAGAAACACACUUAAACACUCCAUGUAUACCGGUGACGGAAGAACCACACACAAAUUCAAACAUACGGGAGAAUUUAACACGAGAAACACCGACAAAUUCAGACGUGGAGGAGAAAUAUAGUGGUAACUCCGCUCACACCCCGGAGAGGCUUAGUGACAAUUCAGGUCACAGACAACUAGAGUCUACUGACACCCCUCGUCAAGGUCACCAGAACUCUAGUGACAACCCUACUCCAAAGGAGGAUAGAUUGGGACCUAUACCCGAUAUGGUACACACAAAUUUUCCUAGCAAAGAAGCACUACAGAAUAAGAACAAUUCUUAUCACUACCCUAUGGCAAAGUCGCUCAGAGCCCACCAGGAAUAUAAUAGCCCAAAUCAACCUGGGUUAUUGGAUACCAUUGAAAAACGUAUUACAGACAUAUCUCAUCUGGAACAGUCCACAAGUUCCCUACCCUCUGAUCUAGCCCCUCAGAGGCGUUCGUCUAUGCAUUGA